CCCGUUGAUAUCGUACUUCAAGGUAUAUGAAUACAGCGGUUGACCACUUUUGCUGCCAUUAAUUCGCCACUCCGUUUCGUCAUGGCUCAGAAAGCGGCGAAGCAGCUCGCUGCCCGCAAUGCGCAGUUGCUCAAACGCACCCAUUUAAUCGCCUUGAGCCUGCACGGUUUCUUCCUCCUUCUCAGACUUGUCCUCUUCCGCUCUCAGAGUACCAGAAGCACUCUGACUCCCUAUUUGCUCCUCUCGGCACCUGCAUUGCUCGUUGAGUUUUGGUUCGAGCGCAUCGGUCGACCGAAAUACGUCACCCGCCCGGGCAGCUCGACUGCAGAGCUGAAGAAUAGUGGAGAGGAUCUUGAAGCCAAGGGUCUCACCGAAUACCUCUGGGACGUCCUCUACUGGACUUGGGGCUGUAUCGCUGUGGCCGCCGUGUUCGGAAACCGCGCUUGGUGGCUUUGGAUUGUUAUUCCUCUCUAUUCAGUUUGGUUGGCGUACACGACUUUUGGUGGCAUGAAACAGGGCCUCGGUGGACUCGGCGGCGCCGAUACCGGCGCACAAGCAACGAGCAACAGACAAAAGAAGAUGGAGAAGCGCGGUGGCCAAAGGGUCCAAUACCGCUAAUAGAUUUAUUUUGAAUUAUUUUAGAAUCCUAUAGAUUUCUUUUGGAUUGUCUUUUUUGGCUCAUCUCACAAUUCUGUAGCAUCUAUUAAAUAAUGGGGCACCUGUAUCAUAGCCAGCCCCGCAUCUCUAUGUGCAGACUUUGCCAACAAUGUUGACCAGAUUUCAUACUAUUGUUUCCAUCAUACAGCAAGUCCGGGCCGAAAGACAUCUUUGGAGACGUCACCGGGGGU